CCAUUAGGUGUCCCAUAAAACACCAAGCUAACAACCAUUAAUAUACACGCAGAGGAUCUAGUGAAGACCCCUGUGGGCUCGGUCAUGGCCUCUUCAGUCUCUGCGAGCUCUUAGGAGCCCUGCUUAGUUGAUUCUGUGGACCCUGUUCUCUUGGUGUCCUCAACGCCUCUGACUCCUAUGAAGCUGACAAAGUAAUUGGUGUUAACUUACCUGACGUCGAGCUUCUUUGGAAAAUGCAAAAGUAGUUCCUGAAACCAGCAAACAGAAGAAGAGUCGAGAAUGCAAUCAGGGAAGCACAGCCUAGCUACAGUGUGAUGUGCUCACAGUACUUAGCAAAAGUCACCUGUGCAAAGUGCUUACUCAUGACCUUCAAAGUAAGGAGGUGAAGAAGGAGUAGAAUAACGCAUUGGCAGAGUGAUGUCAAAUCUGGAAAUGUCCCUUGCUGUCUACUAACUUCUAAAACUCUCCUUUUAAAGAUACCACAGUUUGCCUUUAUAUAUGGAAUAACAUAGAGGAACAGCCUUGUGGCAAAGCCACUUAGUUUGCCUUGCAGAAAAGACAUUCAGAAAAAUUGACUAGCAUUGAAUUGGGGUAUCUUAGGUCUAAUCAUCCAGUCCCUUUAUUUAUUCUGAAAUUUGGGAUUUGUCGGUGGAAGAAUCGAUUUUCUCUCUAAGCACAGACCUCGGCUGACAAACCACAAACGAUAACGUCAAGGGAGAGCCAGAGCUGGAAGACACUGUAUGUGUCUAUCUCAUACAUUGCAUUCAGCAACACUGAAGUCCUGCAAAGCGAGAUGAGGUCGUCAUCAAAGAAGCCAUGAAAAGAAGUGGCUGUUGGCACCAGAGGAUGCUGCUCUCCCUCGUACUUUUGACUUGGACACAUGUUACUUUUUCAGCGCUUAUCAGAUCACAUAACUUUUCUCGAUGGCCUAAGCCCCCAUGCAAAAUGUAUUACCCAAUAGACCCUGAUUAUGAAGCUAACUGUCCAGAUGUGAAAGCAUAUGUUUGUGCUACCAAUGGCUUGACCUACAAGAAUGAGUGCUUCUUUUGCAUUGAUCGGUGGGAGUUUGGACCUCACAUCCAGUUUGUCAAAUAUGGAAAGUGUGAAUAGUGGUUAACGGAACACCUUCAUUUGCUUACUCCUUUCAUUACUUCAUUCUGGGGAUUAUUUCUUUGGGAAUUUGAGGCGUUUGAUUUGCCAAUUUUAUUCAUCUCUGUGCCAUACCCAAAUUUCAAGCCAAAUGGAAAACAAAAGAGUCGAAAAAUGAGAAAAAGGUCAUAUUUGUUGCAAAUAAACAUCUGAAUAAAUAAAGUGACUGUUACUCGUUUCUGUGCACUGUCAGU